GUGCCGAAUCGUUUGCAGCAAAAGCCACAAUGGGAUGGGGCUGGUGUGCUUGGCCACUGGCAGUCUCGUGUUGCUGUGGAGCUGCACUGCAACCAUUCCCAAUACGAGUUUUAACACGUGAGUGUUGGGCUCAAUGACGACCUUACCACGCUCCAUCCCUCGGCUGGGGCGGGGUCAGCCGAGCCUGCGUCUGUUUAAUACGCUCUGACAUUAUGUUCCUACCUAUACGAAGUCAGCGGUCGACUCGGCAGUACUCCGUACGGCCCCCGCAACGCUCCACAUUCCAGAAUGUGUUGGCAUACUCUUAGCAUCAUGGGAGGCGAGUCCGGGUUGUCGAGUGCCGUGAUAUCCAGAAUACAGGGGCCAGUGAGGAGUACUUAAGGGGCAUGUGGUCCACCCUUUCGAACACUAAAAUAAUCAUCAUCACAUCCAUCACCAUUAGUCAACACUCAACAUCUCUCGCAUCAACCACUAUCACAUUCAACCACGCCAAGCCUCAAGACUACAACAUCAACAACACCAUCAACAUGUACUUCACCAGCAUCCUCGGCUUCCUCGCCGCUACCACGGCCCUCGCAGCGCCCGCCCUCAGCUCGCGCGCGGACGGCUCCGUGUCCGCCAUGGCCGACGUGCCGCAGUGGACCAUCAAGUCGUUCACGCGCUCGUGCAACGCGGCCGACACUUCAUGCAACGUCUCGUUCGGCGUCGACACGCACCUGGCGGCCGUGACCAGCUGCGCCUACACCGUCACAGGCAGCCCAGCCUCGCGGGCCACGACGGGCGGCAUCUCGUGCGGGCCGUACACGGUCAGCUCCGGGUGGAGCGGCCAGUUCGGCCCGGGCAACGGCUUCACCACGUGGGCCGUCGUCGACCAGGCCAAGCGCCUCAUCGUGUGGCCCGCCUACCAGGACCGCGAGCUCGUCAACGGCGUCGCCGUCACCCCCGACAAGAGCUACGCGCCCCAGAACAUCUAGGGCGGUCUCUAUUUCUGUGCAAUGGGGUUGGGAGUGUUCGAGAUGGGUUGCACGAAUCACGAUGGGCCACGGAGGCAAGGGGCGGGUUUGGAAUCAGUUAGGUUUCAGGGUAAAAGAUAAUUCACAUUGCAUUCUAACUUGCACUGCUCACUGCUCACCGCUAGCACAGAGGAUGAAGCGGCCUAGUGUUGGUUGCGUUCAGGCCUUCGGCUAUAGAUUUUGCAGGGAAGGGUCUCUAGGUGGUUUUUUGUGAAGCUAUUUACAUC